AUGGAAGUCGAAGAGCUAGCAUGUGUAGCAUAUCUGUACAGUCGUGUUGUACGCAGACGAAAAAAAAAUCGAAAGUUUUGGGUUCAUCCACUAUUGUCUGACCGUUCUACUAAAGGUCUAUUUAAUUUAUUUUAUAAUGAUUUAAGAAAAUAUGAAGACAAAUUUUUUAAUUAUUUAAGAAUGUCUAUUAAUUCGUUUGACGAACUAAUGGAACAACUUCGAGAAGAUUUAACGGGUCAACAAACAAAUAUGAGAGAAUGUAUUUCACCUGUCGAAAAAUUAGUCGUAACUUUAAGAUAUCUUGCCAGUGGAUGUUCUUUUACGGAAUUACACCAUGAAUAUCGUCUUGGAAUUUCUACUAUUUCUGGAUUUGUUGCUCAAGUUUGUGAGGCUAUAUGGAAUAGAUUAAAAGAUGAAUUUAUGCCUCAACCCUCAACACAAAUGUGGCUCGAAAUUUCAAAUAAAUUUGAAACAUUUGCAAAUUUUCCGAAUUGUAUAGGCGCCGUUGAUGGUAAGCAUAUCAGAGUAAUAAAGCCUACUGACACUGGUUCAAUGUAUUUCAAUUACAAGCAUUAUUUUUCUAUUGUAUUGAUUGGUGUUUGUGAUAGUAACUACUCAUUUGUAGCAAUAGAUGUAGGUGCUUAUGGAAAGAGUAGUGAUUCUUCAAUUUUUAAAGAAUCUAUGUUUUAUAAAAAAAUGAUGAAGAAUGCUUUGAAUAUUCCUGAUCCAAAACCAAUUUCAACAUUAAAUGAAGAACCAAUGCCACAUGUAAUAGUAGGCGACGAAGCAUUUGGUCUAUCGGAAAAUAUAAUGCGACCAUAUGGUGGAAAAAAUUUAACCGUGACAAAAAAAAUUUUCAACUAUCGACUGUCGAGAGCUCGAAGAUAUAUAGAGUGUACAUUUGGAAUCCUUUCCAAUAAAUGGAGGAUUUUUCAUCGACCAUUAAACGUUAAACUUGAUUUGGCUCAAAAUAUAAUCAAAUCUUGUUGUAUUUUACACAACUUUGUAAGGGCAAGAGAUGGAUAUCGUUAUGAUGAUACUUUAACAGUACAAGGAUUGGAAAAUAUAGAAAACACAAAUAUGACAAGAGGAUCACAAACUGCACAAACUGUGAGGGAUAAGUACGCAAAUUAUUUUGUAACUGAUGGUGAAGUAGAAUGGCAGUACAGUAAAAUUUAA